UUUAAGAGGGAAAAUUUAGGUAAAAGACAAAAGAAUCAAAACGCCUGUGGCUCUCGAAACAGUUUUGCUUUGUCUACAUGUUCCUGAAGUGCAUGAGCUACGCAGGCAGUUCCUGAAAAUAUCAACGAAGUUAGUUUCAUUUAAAUUGUUAAGAAAGAUCAUUAAAUACCGAAAUCCACAAUCUCUCUCUCUCUCCCUCUCUCUCUGAUAUCUCCGCUCCUUAAACUAAAAGAAAAGGAAAUCCCUCGAUUUCAACGUUCUAGUACUCCUGUUUUCACUUUCAAGUCGGAACCAAUCAACUUCUUGUAAGUUAUAACUCUGUCUCUCUGCUGCUGCUGUAAAACAAUUAAAAAGAAGGAGAAGAAGAAGAAGAAAAAUCUCCUAUUGCGAUCCAUUGUUUCUGCUAUGGCUUCUACGAUUACAACAAACUCAAUUCAGUCUCCAAGCAAUGCUUCUCGACUCUCUUCACUCUACUUGUCGCGUAACAGAAUCUCGCCGAAUAAUGUUUUAUUCAAAACCCCAUCACAGUCGCUGCUUGCCACUAAAGCCAAGCGCUUCGCCUUCUCGCCGUUUCCGGAGAAUAGGAAAUCUCUGGUCGCCAAGACGUUGAGUUUCCCCGGUUGGACUCAACAGAUUAGGCUAACAAGUUCCGUUGUUGUAAAGGCUGCUGCUGAUGCUGAAGGGCAUGCGGAGCCUGCCAAAAGCUUUGGUGAGAGAUUUCCUGCUUUAGUUACAGGUUUCUUUUUCUUUACCUGGUACUUCUUAAAUGUCAUCUUCAAUAUACUCAACAAGAAGGUCUAUAAUUAUUUCCCAUAUCCAUACUUUGUUUCUGUUGUUCAUCUACUGGUUGGGGUGGUAUAUUGUCUUGUUUCUUGGGGUGUUGGCCUACCGAAACGUGCACCAAUCGAUAAGGAGCUCCUGGCACUUUUGACUCCAGUUGCUUUCUGCCAUGCCCUUGGACAUGUCAUGUCCAAUGUAUCAUUCGCUGCUGUUGCUGUGUCUUUCACACACACCAUCAAAGCUCUAGAGCCAUUCUUCAGUGCUGCUGCUUCUCAAUUUGUGCUGGGCCACCAGAUUCCCUUGUCCCUGUGGUUAUCAUUGGCCCCAGUAGUUAUCGGUGUAUCAGUGGCAUCACUGACUGAACUUUCUUUCAACUGGACUGGGUUCAUUAGUGCAAUGAUUUCAAAUAUAGCAUUUACCUACCGAAGUAUUUACUCAAAAAAAGCAAUGACUGGCAUGGACAGCACAAAUGUGUACGCUUACAUUUCAAUCAUUGCUCUCUUGGUUUGCAUUCCACCAGCUGUUCUGAUUGAAGGCCCUCAGUUGAUGCAACAUGGUUUCAGGGAUGCGAUUGCCAAAGUGGGAUUAGUCAAAUUUUUGUCUGACCUCUUUUGGAUUGGGAUGUUUUAUCAUCUGUACAACCAGGUUGCCACAAACACAUUGGAAAGGGUUGCACCGCUUACACAUGCCGUUGGAAAUGUAUUGAAGCGAGUUUUUGUAAUUGGGUUCUCCAUUGUAGUAUUCGGCAAUAGAAUCUCCACUCAGACCGGGAUUGGAACAGCAAUAGCCAUUGCAGGUGUUGCCAUCUACUCUCUAAUUAAGGCCAACAUGGAAGAACAAAAUCGGAAGGCUGAUAUAACUCAUGCAUCCUAAAGAAACAGUACUGUUGGGCUAACUGAAAAUGCAGAGCCCAGCCUACGAAGAGCGGAAUAAGGUAGAUCUUUGCGUUGAAUCGUCCGAGCCGAAUUAGUGGAUGUUGGAAUUUGAAAGAAGUAAAGUUUUACAUAGAUGUUUUGCGGCGUUUAGAAAUAGUGAAAAGAAUAAGAUCGACUCUCAUACGAACUGGCGCUGAUGUUUACCUUUUUCUGUAAUGGUAAUUUGGCACAUGUAACGGAAAAGAAUAUGAAGCUGAGACAGUGGCAUGGCCGAAGCCUUCUCAACUCAAUUCCUCGCCUGCCCAAUGAAUCUUCAUGCUACAUUCUCAAAUCCGUGGAGUAACAUCUUGAAGGUGCACCAACUCUAUCCAUAUAUUUUGAUUUUUCGAAACUUCCCCUGAUAUAAAAGAACUCUUAUAUGUGAUUCAUGACAAAGUCCAGUUAAGUUUUUUUC